GCCAUCGGCCUCAGGGUCGUCCAGACCCAGGACCAGGAACAAUGGACACACAAAGCCAAGUGGCACUGACACACUCCCACCUCGCGUCUUCGUUGCAGCGAAUUCGUCACCGGUCUCGUCUUGACCACGCCGCGUAUGAUGUCCCGGGGAGUUGGCGACCUCUUCAAGGACAUGAUGGACAAUGACAUUGAUCUGGAGCCUGACUACCAGCGAGGCGUCGUCUGGACCAAGCCUAAGCAGUCUGCCGUCAUAGAGUCGCUCCUUUCCCACUAUUACGUCCCGCCAAUUCUCCUGUCUGAGAAGCGCGACGCCUAUGGCGCCGCCAAAUUCACCUGUAUCGAUGGCAAGCAGCGCUUGUCCUCUAUCAAGCUAUUUAUGAACAACGAGAUUCCCGUCAAGGAUGCUCAUGGCACUUCCUUCUACUUCAACCACCCCAACAAGCGGUCCCUCCCGCCUCAGGUAGCCAGGCGCUUUGAGAAGGAGGCACUUCCCACAGUCAUUUACACCAAUCUUCAAGACUCCGAGGAGCGCGAGAUGUUCCAACGAGUCCAGAUGGGCGUCACUCUCUCUGGUGCCGAGAAGCUCUCUGCCCUCCGCAACGCCUGGACCAUCUUCGUCGACGAGCUGGCGAAAAAGUACAUGGACCCAGAUUCGGACGGGUACAACCUUACGGGCCUCAUCGGCACGCAGCGCUCCAUGGACUGGAUGUCGAUGGCCCAGGUUACUAUCACCAUCGCACACGGCAAGGAGCGCUACGUGCCCAACCAGGCCCCCAUGCGCCGCUUCAUGGACAAGGAUACUAAGGGUCCAUCGACGCAGCUCCAGGAUUACGUCCGCCGCAUUAUGGCCCGCUUUAAUAAGUUGGCCAACGAUGGACGCUACAACAGCUCCGUCAAGCCCCGUCCGCAGUACAAGGCUGCUCAUCAGCGCCUCUCCCCCGUCGAAUUCGUGCACAUUGCCUGGAUGAUCUGGCGUUGGCCCCAGGCCACGAUGCAAGAGCUCAGCGACUGGAUAGAGGAUAUGCGCGACGGGCUGCAUGUUGCGGCUCCCUCGCAGGUACGCAUGAACAAUUUCUGUGUCAAUUGGUGUCGUGAGUACAUCGAGGGACUUCGCCCUCAGGCUGUCCUGGAUGGGGAUGAGCCCGGCAGGGGCAACAACAGCGCGGCCGGCAGCAGCAGCAGCGGCGGUGCGAGGGGAGCAGGGCCUAGCGGCAGUGCGUCGAGUAGCUCACGCAAGCGUCCCGCCGUCGACAAUGAGGAUGAGGAUGACUUGUACGAGGCCGCCUCGACCAGUAAGCGCUCCGCGGGACGUGACGCAAGGGGGGCGAGCACGGCCACGCGCGGCAGCACGACGAGCCGUGAUCAGCUGUUCAACAUGAGCCCGAGCCCCACGCCUGUGCCCCCCACCGGCCAUGCUCAGCAGCAGCAACAACAACAGCAACAACAGCAGCAGCAGACUCAGCAACGACAGACCUACUUCGCAAGCAGUAGCGGUAAUGGGGGAGGUGGUGGUGGGCAAUCUGUCGUGCCCAGGCAGGAGCGGUUCACGCCCAGGAAUCCCUACCUUUGAGGGGGGAGGGAGCGAGAGGAGCAGGAGGGGCGUAUAGCGUUGAAGGAGGGGCAACGGGGGAGGUAGUAGCCAAGUAGGCUCUCAUGACAUCUUUCAAUUAGCCACACCCCCUCACAU